AUGGUCAAGCGAAAACGAUCCCUUUCAAGUCGGGAAAAAAGAAAUAAAGACAAAAGAAGAAAACGAUUAAAGCGAGAUGAAAUAAGACCCUACUUGAUAUAUAAUCCAGUCAGUGAACCUUGGAGAUUAGAAACUGCACAAAAGUUUAAACUAAACAACAUAAACUGUUCGUUUGAAAAUGAGAAACCAUGUACAGACUUAGGAUAUCCAGCAUUGCUACACGAAACAAAACCUGAUGGAAACUGUUUUUUUAGUGCCUUGUCAUAUAUAAUAACAGGUUCAGAAGAAUACCAUUCUGAAGUUAGAUCACAUAUUUGCAAUCAUCUCCUUGUGCAUCAGGAUGAAUUAAGCAGCGCUCUUCCGAACAAGUACUGUGGAAAUGUAGAAGCAUAUUUAUCAAAUACAUCAAUGCGAUGCGAAAGAAUAUGGGCGACUGAAACAGAAAUAUUCACUGCUGCUGAUAUGCUUAAAGUUGAUAUAUAUGUGUAUUCCAAAUAUGGACCGCAUUGGAAAUGGAUGAAACACAGUCCUUCACAAUCCGAUGUAACAGAUGGAAUAUAUCUUUACCAUCGAAAUUUGAAUCACUAUGAUGUUGUUCUUAGUGUUCAAAAAGAAAAUCCAACGGCUCUCAAGAAAAAAGAAAUGUAUGCUAAAAACAAGGAAGAGAAUAGGAAGAAGAAAAAAGUGAAAUAUUCUUCAGACCAAGGACUGCAACGGCGUAAAAAAGAAAGAUUUAGGAAGAAAUACAAAGAAGAUAAAAUGUUUCAACAGCGUAAAAAUGCAGCUUCUAAAGAGAAAUAUAAAGAGGACAAACAGUUUCAACAGCGAAGAAAAGCAGCUUCGAAGCAGAAAUACAAAAAGAACAUUAAGUUUCAACAGCGGUUAAAGGCAGCUUCGAAGCAGAAAUACAAAGAGAACAUUAAGUUUCAACAACGGUUAAAGGCAGCUUCGAAGCAGAAAUACAAAGAGAACCUAAUUUUUCAAGAGCGUACAAAAGCAGCUUCUAAACAGAAAUACAAAGAAAACGAAGCAUUCCGGCAGCAUGUUAAAUCAGCAUCUAAGAAAAAAUACAGCGAAAAUUUGAACUUCAAGAAAUGUGUUCUUUACUACUCAUUCAAGAAGUACAGAUCUAAUACCAUCUUUAGACAAAAUGUAAAAGCGUCAUCAAUAAAACGGUAUGCAUCCAAUUCUUUAUUUCGCCAUAAACUGAAAAUGCUCCUGUUCCAACAAUAUCACAAGAAUCCAAAGAUUCAAAUAAAGAAAAAAGAAGCUGUGAAUCAACGACGCAAAAAUCUUCAUGUUGCAUUGCAAACAUUCACUAAGAACAUCAAGAAAAUUCCAUCAUAUCCGUGUACCGUGUGUGCAAGGACGCUUUACAAAUCUCAAGUGAAGAUCUGCAACCGCUCCAAGUAUUUAAAGGGCAAGUUCUCAAGUAAUGCUACAAGAUGUCUAAGUGGGCAGUAUAUUUUCGAGUCGAAGGAGUGGAUAUGCCAUACAUGUGAUAGACAUCUAAGUGCAGGUAACAUGCCACCGCAAGCUCUCGAAAAUGGAUUACAGCUUACUAUCGUGCCUGAGGAGCUAAAAAUUUUAAACCACCUCGAAAGACAACUUGUUGCUCUUCGAAUUCCUUUUAUGAAACUCCUCUCACUUCCAAAAGGUGGACAAAAAGGUGUCAAAGGACAAAUUGUUCACGUUCCUUCAAACAUCAAUAGUGUGACAACGUCUUUGCCUAGAACUAUUAAUGAAGCUCAGAUGAUCAAAGUUAAACUUAAAAGAAAGUUGUCAUACAAAGGUCAUUACCAGUACGAAUGGGUUAGACCAGAAAGAGUAAUAGAAGCCGUCGAAUUCCUCAAGAAACAUAACCCAUGGUAUUCAAAUAUAGCUCUCAGUGAUAGCUGGUUUGACCCCGAAACAGAUUCAGAUUUAGUUAAAGUAGACGAACAAGAAAAUUCUUCGGAUGAAGAAAAUGAAAGUUCAGAACAGGAGAAUUUGACAAUGCACACACAACCAGUAGAAACGUGUUCUCAGCCUGUUGAUAUAGGACAAGAGUAUCUAGACACAGAGAACAAAGUUUUUUGCAUUGCGCCCGGUGAAAAUCAAACACCGCAAAGUAUCUUCCAGGAAAAAGGAGCGGAUGCAAUGGCUUUUCCAAACCUUUAUCCAGAUGGCAAAUUCGGAUACUUUGAAGAUCGACCUAUAAAACUGUCCCCUACAAAAUACUUCAAUGCCCGCUUAUUUUGCGCCGACAAAAGAUUCGCAAGAGAUAAUCAGUUUAUCUUCUUUGCUCAAUUCAUGAUUGAAAUGUCAAACAUUCGAUCAAACAUAUCUAUAGCCUUACGGAAAGGGAAAGGAAAUACAAAUGAUGGAGGUAAAGUAACGGCGUCAAUGCUUACUAAUGCUAAUGAUUUACAGAAAAUUCUUAAAUCAGAUGCUGGUUUUCGUUUCUUACAACCAGUACGCGGAUCGCCUCCAUAUUGGCAAAGAACAAUGAAAGAUCUAUACGCCAUGAUUCGGCAGUUAGGAAUCCCGACAUGGUUUAUAACGUUUUCCGCUGGUGAAACUAGAUGGGAUGAAACAAUCAAUGCAUUAAAAGACCCGGAAGACCCAAGAUCACCUGGAGAUAUAGAAUGGACAGAAAAAUGCCACCUUAUAAGGGAAAACCCUGUGAUGUGUGCCCGAUUAUUUAAUAACCGUGUGCAAAGACUUUUCACAGACUUAAUUAUGUCCCCUUCACAACCAGUCGGAGACGUAGUGGAUUUCUUCUACCGAACAGAGUUUCAGCAGCGCGGCUCUCCACAUAUCCAUUGUUUAUUGUGGGUCAGGAAUGCACCUAAAUUAAACGAAAACACAGAGAAAGAAAUCUGUACUUUUGUUGAUAAAUAUGUAUCAUGUUCCAUGCCAAAUGAGAAAAGCGAUCCUGAACUCCAUGAUAUUGUUAAUGCUGUACAGGUUCACAGUAAGACACACACAAAGUCAUGCAAGAAGAACUCAACGACAUGUCGAUUUAAUUUCCCUAGGCCUCCAAUACGCAAAACGUUUCUUGUAAAAGUCACAGAGGAAGACAAUGAAAACAAGGAGAGAGAAAAAAAUCAAACCACUAACAUGCCAACACUUCAGGAAAUUGAACACCUAUGUAAAUCUGGUGCCGAGAGAUCUCCAAAACAAAUUGUUAAAGAUAUAUGGAGAAUAAUCAACUCAACAGAAUCUAACUUAACAUUUGAUGACAUUCUACUUGCUUGUAAUAUUACUUACGCCAAAUUCAAGGAAAGUCUGUCUGCAAAUACGAAGAAAAACACGAUAUAUUACAAAAGAAACGUAGAAGAUGGUUGGGUUAACAAUUACAAUCCAACUUUACUGCGUGCAUGGAAUGCAAACAUGGACAUUCAAUAUGUUAUGGACCCUUACUCAUGUGUAGCUUAUAUACUAUCAUAUAUCAGCAAAGCAGAAGCCGAAGUCGGCGAACUUAUAGGAAAUGCACAAAAAGAAGCACGAGAGGGCAACAAGGAUGCGGCUACUGCAAUGAAACACAUUGCUCAGGUUUACGUCCAAAACAGAGAAGUGUCUGCACAGGAAGCUGUUUUCAGAGUUUGCAGCAUGCAUUUGAAAGAAUGCUCAAGAGAAGUUGUAUUCAUUCCCACAGGAAGCAAUGCAAUUAAGAUGAGUCUUCCUUUGAACAUACUGAAAUCACGAAAAGGAAACAGUGAAAAUAUAUGGAUGUCCUCCAUCAUUGACAAAUAUUACGCUCGACCAAUUGGACAACCAUUUGAUGAACAAUGUUUGGCAGAGUUCUGCUCAUAUUACUCUCUCUAUCCAGCCUCUAGACCUCCAACUUCUUCCAAAAAAGGUGCACAGCUAUUGCACUAUGAACUGAAUAAUGGACUAGGGUACAUAAAAGAAAGAAAGAAAGGAAAACAAGCUGUCAUCCGCUACCCCCGAUUCAAUCGCUUGAAGCAGGAAAAUGAUUACUUCCUGACAUUGCUUCAACUGUACCUACCACACAGAACUGUAAUAAUCAAACCUGAAGAAUUCUUCAAUUUUGAACAUUACAUUUUCAAUGGAAAAAUCGGAAAAAGAUCCGUAUUGAACAUCAUUAAUGAAAACAGAGCUCGCUUUGAGAGGGAUGCAGAUGAUUUAGAGAAAGCAUGGGAUGAUGUACAGGAGGGCCGCAUCGGAGAAGACGCAUGGGCAGCAAUAGCCCCUGAAUGUGAAGCAGAAAGACUCACACUGCAGGAGAAAAAUACAAGCAAAGUUAAUAACGAGGACGAGACAUAUCUCCAGAUAUCGAACUUCUGGCGAUUUCUAAAAAAUCGUCUACAUCUACCCAAGCUGGAAUCAUACAAUAUCAGAAACCUAAAAUUUCUCCUACCAAAAUACAAGAUUCAUUAA